AUGGAGAUCCUUUAAGAUUUGCCUAACAAGCUUUUGAAUGGAUUUAAGGCCGUUUUAGAUAUGAAAUGUGAAGACUAUGUGGAUCUUUACCAUACAAGCAAGGCUCAUAUAUAUAACAUGAUCCACCCUUUUGUCCAUUAAUACGAAACAAAAUAUUAAAAUUUAGUUAAUUAGUAUCAUCUUGAUACUUUUGACCAAGUUGUCUUGAGUCUCUUCGCAGUAUUAGUUCUUUACAAAAUCGUUAAAUCUAUCUAAAGAUUUGUAGAGUUCAUAUUUUCAGAUAAAGAAAGAUCCUUUAAGGCUUACAUUUUCUACCUUCUUGUUACUUAUCUUCCUUUUGCCAAAAAGAAACUUGAAGCUGAUUUGGCUAAGGUUGAAACCUAAUUUUAUGAAGCAUGCUGCAAGAAUACUGAAAAAAGAUGCCCAAAAUUACCAGCAAAGGGUAUGAAGUCUUCAACUUUGCAAAAGCGUAUUUAAGAAUGGGUUUAAAGAGAUGAAUAAAUUUCAGGAACUGGUAAGAUAUCAGGAUCUCGUUACUGCGAUGAUACAGAAUACGAAAAUGAAAUCAAGAACUUCACAAAGGAUUUCUUAUAUCACAACCCUUUGCAUUACGAAAUCUUCCCUGCUACUAGACAAAUGGAAGCAGAAAUUAUUAAAAUGACUUGUAAUAUGUUCGGUUCAGACGAUGGUUAUGGCUACACUACUUCUGGAGGUACUGAAAGUAUUUUAAUGGCUGUUUUAGCUCACAGAAAUUAUGCCGCUAAGUUCAGAAAUGUCACAGAACCCAAUUUAGUUAUGUCUAGAACUGCUCACCCUGCAUUCAAUAAAGCUUGCAAAUACUUCAAAAUUAAGUGUAUUAGAGUUGGUACCAAUGAUAAGGCCGAAGUUGACCUCAAGUAACUUGAAAGUAGAAUUGACUCAAACACUAUUAUGAUUGUUGGUUCAGUUCCAAGCUAUCCCUAUGGAGUAAUUGAUGAUAUUCCCGCUUUAGCUAAGAUUGCAAAAGCCCACAAAAUUGGACUUCACGUUGAUUGCUGUCUUGGUGGUUUUGUUGUAGCCUUUGCCAAAGAUUAUGGUCUUUAAAUUAAGCCUUUCGACUUUACAGUUGAUGGAGUUACAUCUAUCAGUUGUGAUCACCAUAAAUAUGCCUUAGCACCAAAGGGAAUUUCAGUGGUUAUGUUCAAAACUAAGGAAUUGAGACAUCAAACAUACACCUCUGUAAGUGACUGGCCUGGUGGUUUCUAUGCCACUCCUUCUGUUUGUGGUUCAAAGCCUGGUGCUCCUAUUGCAGGUGCUUGGUAUGCUAUGAUGUAUCAUGGACGUGAAGGUUAUGUCGAAAAAUCCAAAGCUAUUUCUACUGCUACUUAAGCUAUCGUUAAAGCUAUAAGAGAAUUACCUGAAUUAUAAGAGUUGGAUGUUAUUGGUAAUCCUUGUACCUGCUCUCUUGCUAUUAUUUACAAGAAAGAAACUAAGCGUAAUAUUUAUCACCUUGAAGGAGCUUUAUCAAAGUUAGGAUGGAAAUUCUCUGGUAUUUAACUUCCUCCUGCUAUAUAAAUUUCCAUGAACCACGGUAUUGCUAAUCGUACAAAGGAAUUAAUCAAGGAUUUGAAGAACUGCGUCAAAGACGUUGCAGAAAAUCCAGAAAAGUAUAAGGAUAGCUCAAGUGCAUCUAUGUAUGGUGCAUCCGUUAAGGUGCCUGAUAUUAAAACUCUUGACAGAGUUCUUGACGCUGUUGUUGACAGCUUCUUAAAGCUUUGA